UGUAUUUUGAAUGUGCGUCUCCCGCCUUCGCCGCAAGACCAGUUACAGUACAGUACAUUUGACUUCCUCCAGAUCACCAAAUGAGCGUCAGCACAGUGGAGAACCAAAGAAAUUUUCUUUUAUCAUCCUCACCAUAUAUUCGUACCAUUACGGGGCUUUUCAUCUCAACGGCCUGGCUAUCAUGGGAACGUUCCGGACAGACGGAGUGCAUGACGGCUUUCAUUGAUCGCCAUGGCCUGCAUUCCAUGCGUUUGCAAGAUUUUGAAUCUUCGCUAAUUCGUUCGUGGGAUGUAACGGAAGCUCUUGCACUAGGAUCCGUAAACGGACAUCUAGAGUUCGUGGGCACUCUACUCAACAAAAUACCUUGACUUUUUUGCUCUGGGUAGCCAUUAUAUGCAGCGUCAAGGGAUUGCCAGACAGAUAUGGUUCGUUUCCUUCUAGCAAAGGGUGCCAAACCAGACGUAGGUUUCACCCAUCUACCAAUUCAGGUCUCUGAGAACAACGACAUUCGACAAAUGCUCAUCGAGAAUGGUGGACAACGCACACUUGAAUCUGCAAUGAAGUCAGCGAUAGUGAAGGGAUCGAUGUAUAAGGUAAAAGAGCUUCUAAUGCACCCAAAAAUUCAGGACUGCGACUGUCGAGGAUUGGUGGAGACUGCGGCGAGUUGGAGGAAUCCCGAGAUGAUCAAACUGUUGCGAUCGCACGGGAUUCCGACAAGUCGACGCUCUUUCAUCUAUGCGGUCCGUAAAGGGGAAAUCGACGUUGCAGAGGCAGUAGAGGGUGAUCCAAACGGAAGCUAUGGCUCAAUGAAACCUCUACACCAGGCCGUUCGACAUUCAUCGAAGAAGGGGAUUGCGUUCCUCCUCAACAUGAAUGCGGACCCACAGCUUCAGGAUGGUAAUGGCCGAAAUCCAGUAAAAUUAGCUGAAAGUAUAGAUAUUGUGCGGGUUCUAUGGCCAAAUUGAGCACCAGACGACCUAAGACGUCUUUGUCGAAAACUUGAGCGUCAAAGGAGAAUGAACUUAAACAAAAUCCUCGAUAAGUAUUCUGUUAGGGCCAAGAAAUAUCUGCAAGAAAAAAGAUUUGUUGAUUUUAUCCUUUGCCAAUUAUUAAUAUCUGGCAAAACCCCGUAUCUCACAUUAGAUGGGGCUCGACUACAGGUCUAUUGCUAAAGGCUGUAUUGGAAGACGAGACAUUUCGUAUAUUCCGGCGUACAAAUUCAUGAGACGUGUCAUUACAAACUGCGAAUACUUUUCCACCAUCUUCCGGAACAUUACUGCAUCGAAUUCGAUAUCUCUUGCGUUGAACUAUAACUGCGUUACCAAUGGACUUAUCUUUGCAAUCGAAUUUUCACAGUACAGUAGAGGCAGAAAAAAUUCGCCACCAUUCGCAUUUUUUCAAUGAUUUUUAAUAUUUCUC